AUGAAAAACACGAUCAGAUGCUGCAUUUCGUGUAUUCUGCCGUGUGGGGCCCUCGACGUCAUCCGAAUCGUGCACGCCAACGGCCGCGUCGAGGAGAUCGGCGGCACCGUCAGCGCGGCCGAGAUCAUGAAGCUCUACCCCAAGCACGUCCUCAAGAAGCCCUCCUCCUCGCCGCCGCCGUCCGGCGGAGGCGGAGCUGGCCGCAGGAUCGUCGUGGUCCCGCCGGACGCGGAGCUCCGGCGCGGGAAGAUUUAUUUCCUCAUGCCGGCGCCGCCGCCUCCCCCGCCGGAGAAAUCUCGAUCGAGGGCGCCGGCGAAGAGGAGGAGCGGCGGUAAGAAGAACGGGCCGAAUAAAAAUAGUAAUAAUAAUGAUAAUAAUAAUUCGGGUGAGAAUCUGCUGAUUUCGGAUCGUUAUUUGAGCGAGAUUUUGUCGGAGAGGGUAUCGACUCAGAGGGACCGGCGGCGGGGCCGCGUCGGAGUGUGGCGGCCGCAUUUGGAGAGCAUUUCUGAGACGCCGACGGAAGCGUGA